AUGCGAGUCAUGUUAGCUCUGGCUAUCGCGCCUAGCCGCCCUGAAGUGACGUGGUCAAGCAACGACCUGUGUUGUACCUCGUCCUACCUCGUCCUGCAUGGUGACCCCGCCUUUGCACAACUGCUUUUGAACAUCGCUGAGGCCCAUGUUAACCAUUGUCGCCAUCCACACUCAUGUCGAACUGAUAUGGCCAAUCUCGACUUCCUCAAGGUGGUACUGAGGCAGAAAGUGGCGGCAACGGCAACGGCAUUAUCCGUGAAGCAGCCGUUGUCCGACACACAAUACAGCGCUGGCUUCGAUAUCUUGGUGCGGGACUCAUCAUACCGUGACUUCAUUAUCCCUCAACUAUCUCAGCUGCUAAGCCCUCUCUUCAACUCGCGUAACCAUAUCUCGGUGCUAGAAAUCGGACCCGGCCCGAAGAGCGUACUCGGAUAUCUGCCCCUUUGUCUACGACAGAAAAUCAGGAGGUACACUGCUUUCGAGUCUAACGGCCUGUUUGCUACAAGGGUGGAAGAAUGGCUUUGCUCUACCCUGGAGACGGAGUCCCCGUUGCCCUGCUUAGAGAGCCCUGCCAACAUCCGCCGGAUCCCAUUUAUUCUAAACAGCAACAGAGGAAGCGGUACCGAUAACAGUACGAGUGAUAGCGACGAAAAAUUCGACGUCGUCUUAUUCUGCCAUAGCAUGUACGGCCUGAGACCCAAAGACAGGUUCAUUGAACAGGCGCUGGACAUGCUUGUUGAGCAACCCCAAGGCGGGGUGGUAGUUGUUUUCCAUCGCGACGGGGCCCUGUACCUCGACGGAUUAGUGUGCCAUCGAAUGGCUUCUUAUCCUACCGGAACCGUUCGCGUAGCAGAUGAUGACGAGGUACUGGACAAGUUCGCUACUUUCGUCGCAGGGUACGCCAUGCAGGAUAGGGAGGCCAACAAAGCGAUCCGAGAUGAAUGGCGUGAGGUGUGCCGCACCUUGGGCCGUCGUGAGGAAGCCCACCCAGACCAUCUCUUGUUCCACUCUCCCAGUGUCAUGCUGGCUUUUACCCAACAUGCAACCGCAUUGCCUGAGCUGACAGCUCAAGUGCCACUAGUGAAGGACAAGAUGGUUAAAAAUCGCGAGGCUCUCCUUCACCGUCCCGCUGCGGUUGUAAGGCCGACAGAGAUCCGACACGUCCAACAGUGCGUUCAAUGGGCUCUGAAGCACGGGGUUGGCCUGGCCGUCAUUGGUGGGGGCCACAGCGGCCACUGUCUAUGGCCCAACGUCGUCUCGGUCGACAUGGGGGGCUUGGACCAAUUACACAUUCUCCUAGGCGGGGAGGAUGGUGGGGAGGCCGAUCCUGAUUUUGAUUCCUUGGUCGUCGCCGAGGCCGGCUGCAAGACGGGUGAUAUCAUCCGUAAGACCAUGACGGCCGGCGUGACAGUGCCCUUGGGGUCCCGCCCAAGCGUCGGCGCGGGGCUAUGGCUACAGGGCGGCAUCGGGCACCUGGCAAGGCUAUACGGUCUCGCAUGCGACGCCAUUGUCGGUGCCGUGGUGGUCAGUGUGGGAUCUGGCGAGGUUCUUUGCAUAGGCCGUGUACCAAGCCAACACCGGCCGGCCGGCGCCGUGCGCCCAGAAAACGAAAUCGAUCUCUUAUGGGCGAUGAAAGGGGCUGGAACCAACUUUGGCAUCGUAGUCAGCGUUACUUUCAAGGCUUACAUGGCUCCUGUCUACUCGACUCGGGACUGGGUUGUCCCGUUGAGCGACAAUCUCGAGGCGCGGCUCAAGCUUAGCCAUUUCGAUGAAUUUGUCGCCAGAAAGCUUCCCCGCAACUGUUCUGCAGAUGCCUAUCUGUACUGGGAUUCCGGUCAGCUGCAUCUUGGCGUCACCAUGUUCGAGUCUUCCACGACAAAGCUCACCUCUGAAACACCCAUGUCCACUCCCCUGCCUGUAGGCACAGUCUUGGGACCGGAAGGCAAUUUCAAGGCUGUAAAUGGCGUCGGUUUGUUUGAGGCCGAGAUGUACAUGUCCAAAAUGCACGGCGGGCACGGCGGCAGCAAGACCUCCUCCUUCAAGCGAUGUUUGUUCUUGAAAGGCAUCGGAGCAGUGAGCAUUGCCAAUAGCUUAGUGACGGCUAUUAUGAACCGUCCCACGCCAUUCUGCUAUCUCCAUCUGCUGCAAGGUGGCGGAGCGAUCACCGACGUGGCAGGUGAUACCACUGCCUUCGGUUGUCGAGACUGGGACUUUGCCUGCGUGGUGACUGGAGUCUGGCUCCGUAACCAAGAUGGAACCGAAGUCGCUCAAGCUGCCAAGCAGUGGGUAUACGACGUCGCCGGGGACCUGUUGCCCUUGAGUAGCGGAGCUUACAGCGCAGAUCUUGGGCCAGACCCCAGAGACGCCGCGCUGGCAGCCAAGGCUUUUGGUCCGAACCGGCCGCGUCUGGCCCGUCUCAAGCACAGCGUGGACCCACGCAAUGUGCUGGCUUACGCCUGCCCGCUCCCGAAAACACCAAUGGAACAGAAACUCAUUAUUCUUGUCACGGGCGAAAGCGGCGCCGGUAAGGACUAUUGCGCCGAUAUAUGGGCCUCUGUGUUUACCACGUGCGCCCACAAAAGCCUCACGGCGCGCGCAGUCAGCAUCAGCCAUGUGACCAAGCGAGAAUACGCGGCGCAUACCGGUGCCAACCUAAACCGCCUGCUUCGAGACCGUGCUUAUAAAGAGCAACACCGGCCAGCGUUGACAUCGUUUUUUCAGGACCAGGUACGGCAUCGACCUCAGUUGCUACAGGAGCAUUUCCUGAAUGUGGCGUACGGUGCUGUAGAUGUGGAAGUGCUGCUAAUCACCGGGAUGAGAGAUGAGGCGCCAGUCGCAGCCCUGUCGCAUUUGGUGCCAGACAGCAGAGUGCUCGAGAUUCGUGUCGAAGCGAGCGAAGAGACGCGGCGGGCGCGCCGAGGAUGCCACGGCGAUGAUGGCCGUGACAACGACAACAACAAGGGCAACAAGAUUGGCAGGUUGAACCUGACGGCCUUGGACUACCGUCCCAGUCUCAUCUUCGACAAUGAUGCGACCGGAGACGAGGCGGCAAAAAAGCUUGCCGAACAGUACCUGCUUCCCUUCUUCCACGAAGACCUGCAGCGACUGGCCAGCAUGGUGCGCUCGGUACCUGACUUUCCACGCUCGGGCAUCGACUUCCGCCACGUGCUCGACAUCUCCCAACAGCCGGGUGGACUGGCCCUGUGUACGUCUCUGCUGCAAUCUCACUUCACGGGUGAUUGGGCCAAAGUCGAUGUCGUAGCGUGUUGCGAGGCUGGCGGCUUUGUCUAUGCAGCAGCGUUAGCCUUGCGGGUCGAUGUACCGUUGGCAUUGAUUCGCGAAGCUGGCAAGCUGCCUCCCCCCACUGUUUCCGUCCUCAAGUCCACGUCGCAUAUCUCGUCGUCAGCAUCUAACGAUUCAAAAGCGAAGAGGAUCGAAAUGGACCGGGAUUUAAUCCCCAGAGGCGCCUCAGUGGUGGUGGUGGACGACGUGCUUGCCACUGGAAAGACACUUUGUGCGGUGCUGCAGCUAUUAGAAAAGGCAAGCAUCAACGCUGAGGAUAUUCGUGUCUUUGUCGUGGUCGAGUUCCCUGUUCACCGUGGCCGGGAAUUUUUGCGGCGGCAUGGCUUUGGGAGAGUCAAUAUUCAAAGCCUUUUGGUCUUUGGUGGUGCUUAG